AUCAGCCACACACACACAAACACAAUAUUCUGGUUCCCGCGCGAAACCCGUGCGAAAAGGUGGAAAUAGAAAUGGAAUAAAGCGGAGGGUCGGACAGCUGGGCUAGUUGGAAAAUAUACCUAGUUCUUGCUCCGAAACAGGAUUGCAGGAUAUCGCUUACCUGGAAAACAAUAGAGAGAGCAGAGCAGAACCCAAACACACACACUGCGUCCCUUGCACAUGCAAGCAUUUUGACCGCCGGUGUGUGCGUGCAAGGAGCGUCCGUGUGGCUGGAAUCCCUUGUUGUCUCCCUUUCGCAAGGAAAUAUAGGGAUCGGAUCGGAUCGGAUCGUAGGAAAACCACCCCUACUGCGAUCGCAUGCAGGCCGCUUUUCGCAUUCUGCCGCCAAUUUCCACCAGCCCUGAGCUCAGUUGACGCCGAUCCAUCGCGCAAACGACAUGGACAAUCAAUAUCCACGCAUUCUGGAGGCCAAUUCUCGCGAGGAGUCCAAAUGGCGCGCCAGGCCGAUGUACCUGAAUGCCUGGUCUCAGACCUCCAGCGAGGACUUUGAAUUGGUGCGCUCUUUGGUCGCGGAUCCAACUGUGGAGGCCGAAAACCGAGCUCUGCGUGAUAAGGUGCGCUAUUUGGAGGCCAAGCUGCAGGAACACACGGAUCUCUUGUCACAGAUACACGCAACAUCAGCCAGGAUGCAGCAGGCAUACUCCUUGCGGGGAGAAUCCGUUCCACCGACCCCGCCCACAGUCCAGAGUCACCAUAUUCUGACCCCUCCCAACUCGGUUAUAUGUGCGCCCGUCCAGAAUACACAGCAGCCAAGGGCCGAGAUCCUAGACUACAUCAUAUCGGCCUCUGACGACGCAGACGCCAUAGAGAUUCGACUGGCAGCAGAGAGUUUGAACAGUUUGAGCACAUCCGCAGACUCCGACCGCCUGGAGAUAUGUCUGGGCGAGGAGCAGCACCAUCAUCAGCAGCAGCCAGCUUCCCAUCAGUACAUGAUAGGCAAGGGGAUCAAGAGGGAAGAGGAGGACUCUCCGAACCAGCCCCUGCAGUUCAUCAAGCGACGAAAGCUGCAGGAGAUUCAGAUGUCCGAGCCGCACGAGGAAAGCGUCUUGCGCCAGAACGGCGGCAACAAGAUGCCCUCUAAAUCACCGGGCCAUGCUAAGGUCCGGCACGGCAGCCUCAACGAUCUCAGCAAAGGCGGGCAGCCCAAGGACAACGUUAUGGUGUCUAUUGGCCCAAACAAUACCUGUGUACCAGCCAGUAUCUUCGAGAACAUCAACUGGGGAGUCUCAUCGCUGGCCACCAGAAAGUUGCUGGUCUCUAUCUUCGACCGGGAGACCCUGGGCACACACUCGAUGACGGGCAAGCCGUCGCCCGCCUUCAAGGACCAGCAGAAGCCGCUCAAACAGAUGCUCGAUCCCCUUAAGAUCCAGGAUAUUAUCUUUGCUGUGACGCACAAGUGCAAUGCCAGAAAAGAGGUGCGGAACGCCAUCACCACCAAGUGUGCCGAUGAAAACAAGAUGAUGAAGAUCCAGAACGGCAAGCGACGGAGUACCGGUCGCAAACACGAAAAGGAGAACAUGUUCUAAAACUAAGCAAUAGGAUUAAAUUUUAUUUUUAAGAUUCACCAAAAAGUAGCGGAGAUCAAAGACGAAACAACUCAUGAAGAUUAUAGCCAAUAGAUAUAGGAACCUAACGCUACAUCGCAACUGUAUUAUGUAAAAUACAUAUUCUUGAAGAUCUCGAAGAUGUCUAUACCAAUCCAUAACCAAA